AGUCGUCAUUCGUCAGCAUGGUAAACUCUCUGAUAAUGGACAGAAAGGCUGUUGAUAUCCUGUUCCUUUACGGCAUCUGCAUUGCUCUGACACACGCCUCUCGUCAGUACCACUAUGUAGCUGACCCCAAGAAAUGGACUGAAGCCCAGACCUACUGCAGAGAGAAGCACAUUGACCUGGCCACCAUCAGUGACAGCGAGGAGCUGCAGAGCUUCUUGCACUGGUCCCAAAGCAUCAGUGUUAGCGCCUGGAUAGGACUCUACCACCUCUACCACUCUUCCAGUACGACUCCUGAGACAUAUAAUGCAAUUGUUGGUGGUCAAUCGCAAAACCACGACCAGACACAUAGUCACCCUUUUAUCUGCUAUGAUGAGAGGCUAAAUACAACCCAUGGUUUCAUUUCAAUUUCACCAACGAAAACAUGGAUAGAGGCCCAGAGCUACUGCAGAGAGAAGCACACUGACUUGGCCACUGUGAAGAAUGCAGUGGAGGACGAGGAGAUAAAGAAGAUGGCUGCUGCAAACGGCUAUACAUGGAUAGGUCUACACAGGGUUGGCUGGCAGUGGUCUGAUGGUAGUAACUUCUCUUCCAUCUUUAAUCUCAGUGAAACGCCCACAGCCUCUGCCUCAAAGUGUGUUGUGUUGAACCAAACUGAGUGGGAAGCUCUGGACUGCUCUGUGAGGAGACCCUUUGUUUGCUAUGGUGAGGUCAAGAAGACUGUCCAGUUUCAGAGGAUCCGGUUUCAGUCUGACGUGAAUGUAAAUGAUGCUGCAGUUCAAGAGGCCAUAUUAGACCAGAUCAAGAAGAAGCUGCAAGAGCAUGGGCUUCCAGCAGACGCCAAACUGAGCUGGAGAAAGCAGCCCGAUGGACAGAUUUUCCACAAGAAGGAGAAUGAGAAGAGUGAUAAUCAGAAGAGGAAGAGCAAAAAAUGAGCUUUGAAAAGUUCAGUUAGUCUCACAAAGCAGGAAAUUAAAGUAGUGUGUGGACCUAUCAAUAGUUUGUCUGCAGCAUCAAUAGUGUGCAUUCAUCAUCCCUCUUUUACUGUAACCCUAGUGAUACAUAUUUGUAUGGCAUUAUCAGAUUUCUCGGUUUAUAUUGUUCAAGAGAUGAAGAGAUACAAUAUAUAUAUUAAUUUACUUACAUGUUAUGUAGCCUAUGUAUUUUCAACUCAAAAGGUGUCUUUUCUUUUUCAAGUAUAACUUCUAAUGUGUUACAAAAUGAGCAUUUUUGUUAAGUAUUUUCCAUUUAAACAAGCAUUAUACAAGAUAGCAAUGUAUCAAGACACUACAUCAAUAUAAAACAUGCCUGAGCUGAUUGUUUCUAUUUCUGCUUCUACUGAAUAUGUCACUAUUUAUCCUUCCUAUCUUUCAGGGUUAUAUACAGAUUGCAUUUUAUAUGCAGUAGUGUAAAGUAUAACUAGUGUGGUAAUAGUAUAACUAGUAUGGUAAUAAUAGUGUGAUUAUGGUGAGAAUAGUGUAAACAAUGAUUUUAUUAUAUUAUUAUUUUGUUUAAUGUCAAUUUAUUUAAUUAAGUCUUCAUCCAUUCCUCUGUUAAUGUAAUGGGGAAUGAUUAACGUAUUAGGAUUUUAGUUCCCCAUACAUUUGAGAGUGGGGUGUUUUGGUUCGGGGGGAAUGGUUUCCGCACCGGAUGGUUUUAGUAGGGAGUGAAGCUAGGGAGAAGUGAACGCGCGUUGCUGGUUGUCUGUCUAAGUUGGUUGUGUGAAUAAAAGAAGUUAUAACCGAAGUGUAACCUGUCUUCGUCUUGCCCACGCCUGAGAGACUGGAGAGUGUGAACUCUGCAAACCCACGAAUUAUCAGGUUACAAUAGCACAACACCAUAAUCACGUUGAAGAAGGGCGUCUUGCCCAAAAUGUUCCUCAGGGCGAUUAAAAAAGUGAGUGCUAUCUUUUACUUCUCAAAUUUAUUUUUCACACUCGAGAGGAUUUAGCAUCGAGUUGAGAAUAUACCAAGGUGUUGAGUGUGUUUGUCUGGUUAUAUACAGUAGUGUGGCAUUUAUGCAUUUUUCCUGCUGGAUGGAAUUCAUUCAUUCAUUUAAUCUUUUUAAAGAAUAAAAUAUUUUCUUGAA